AUGGGCGAAGGGAGACAAGUAGCGGUGAAUACCACUGCACAUAGCAGCAAUGCGGAAGGGAAACUAAUAAACUCAUUUUACAGAUGUUUGGGCAUCGCUAGAGGGAGGGCUGAAAAACUGCAACAGAUGACACAUGUGAUUGAAGAAUUCGAAGCAACACUGUGCGAGGAAGAAGAAGACGGGGCAGCAGAGAACGCGAAACGUGUAAUUAUGGAAGCAUAUUAUGGAGUUCUGGCCCCAGAGACGAUCAAAGUGCACCCACCUACAGUGGUUAAGACUAAAGGGUCUUGCAAGCGAAUGAAAUCAGCAAAGGAGGUAGCACUUACGGCUCAAGUUAAAAAGAAUCGUACGUGCAAAACAUGUGGAUUGGCGUCUGGCCAUAAUAGCCGAAGCUGUCCACAGUAG